UCCAUAUGAAACAACAUACAACACUUUUAAAUACAUUCAUUUGAACUGCAAGUCCCUUUCAGUCUGCUUAUCAACACAAUGGCAUCAGAAAAUGAUAAAGCAGUGCUUUGGACAAUCUUCAAUCCUACAAGCCCUUUUGGAGAAAUUCCUGGUUUAAACCAAGAGGAAGAGCCUGCAGAUGAUGACUGUUCCUUUGACCCUAGUCUGCUAAAGCAGGUGAAGAAUCUGGAGUUGUUAGGAGUUUCUGCUGCUGAAUCUGGGGAUUUGAAAACAGCCCUGAGUCAUUUAAACCAGGCCAUCCAGAUACUUCCUAUGAGAGCUUCAGCCUAUAACAACCGUGCUCAAGUCAAACGUCUACAGGGAGACACUGACAGUGCGAUUGAGGAUUUGGAACAGGCCAUUUUAUUGAGCAAGGGGACCGGCCGCACAGCCUGUCAGGCUCUUGUCCAGCGAGGCCUCUUGCUCAGAUUGGCAGACAGGGUGGAUGAUGCCAGGGCUGACUUUGAGCAGGCAGCAGCCUUGGGUAGCAAUUUUGCCAGACAGCAGGCUGUAAUUCUAAACCCUUAUGCAGCUCUAUGCAACCGCAUGCUUUCUGAAGUCAUUAGCAACCUACGAAACCCAAAGGUGCCAGAGACACAGUAAAAAUGAAGUGACUUCAAAAGUCAUUUAUGGAUGAUGUAGGCAAUCCUGGAUUUAAAUGUAUACAUAUCUCUUUUGCAAGAUAUGUAAUAAAGAUAACUUUGAUAUUUCA